UUCUCACUGAUACCAGAAGCGACAGGGAGGCUUUAAGAGCUCCGAGCCAGAGCCUCACUUUCCUGUUAUUUGGCAUUUCGAAGUAAAGAGCCUGAACCUCUGCCGAGCGUCAUGGCAGCUCUGUUGACCGCGGUGGCCCUGCUGGCCCUGGUGUCCAGCAGCUUCUGUGAGGAGAAGCAGUUCCUGCAGCGAGCCGGCCAGGCCUUCAGCAGCAGAAAGGUCAGAUCUGUGAUGACCGUGACCAACGGGGAGAGGUUUGGAACCUGGACCUGGCCCGAGAUGUGUCCCGAUCAGUUCUUCGCUGUUGGAUUCAGUGUCAGGGUGGAGACCAACCAGUACGGGGCCGACGACACCGCUCUGAACGGAAUCCGCCUUUUCUGCGCCAAAGAUGGGAACCGGAACUUCCUGUACUACGUGGAGUCCCACACGGGCCACUUCGGCGAGUGGUCCCACCCCCAGUACUGCCCCAGCGGGGUCCUCACCUCCUUCCAGAUGCGCGUGGAGCCCCACCAGGGUCUGUUGGGUGACGACACGGCCGUCAACAACAUCAAGUUCCGCUGCAGCAGCAACCCCAUCCUGGAGGCCCCCGGCAUGGACUGGGGCGAGUACGGACACUGGAGCCCCGUGUGCCAGACCGGGGGGAUCUGCGGCAUCGAGACCAAGAUGGAGGAAUACCAGUGGGGUCUGGACGACUCCAGCCUCAACGAUGUCCGCUUCCACUGCUGCGACCAGCCUCAGCAGUGAUCAGCAGGUGAGACGUUCCAACACCUUCAACCCAAAGAUGACGAUGAAUAAAACAUUAACUGAAA